AUGUCGCGUGAUUUUAUCGGUAGUAAAAUUGCCAUUAUUACUAAGUCUCAAUGUCGAUAUGUGGGAACAAUUAUUGGAAUCGAUGCACAGACAUCAUCGAUACUUCUUGGCAAUGCCAAAUGUUUUGGAACAGAAAAUCGUUCAGGACAUUUAACAAAUACUCAUAUGACUGGUACAAUAUUACCAAUAAUGCAAUUUGCUAAUAGUGAUAUUGAAGAUUUAAAAAUUGUUGAUGACGAACAAACAUCGGAAGUUUCACAACAACAAUCAGGUUCGAUGCCUGUUUCAUCAUCAACAUUACCAUCGUCACGUCAAGCAUCAAUUCAUGAUGAUCCAGCUAUUUUAUCAGCUGUUAUUAGUUCAUCAUAUAAGGAUAAUACAUCGAAUUCAACAGUAUCUAGUCGAUUAACGCAUAAUUUUAAAAAUAUGGCGUUAUCCGAUGAAAAAUUGACAACGCAACCAAAACAUGAAGAAUCUCGUAUACAUUCAAAUUCCGGUGAUUUAGGUCCAUCUUGGUCUUUACUUUCUUCGUCAAAAUUAGAAAAUCAUAAUAAUCCAAAACCAUCAUCUCAACAACGUUCAGACAAUAAAAGCAAAUUUUUUGACAGUUUUAUAUCAGAUAGUAACAAUGAUACAAAUCGGUUUCAAUCAAAUCGUUCUCAUCAACGUUCAUCAAAUACUCAUUCAACUCAAACAUCACGUGAAAAUAAUGGUCGUUUUAAUGGGCAACCUGAUGAUAAUGAAUUACCUAUACGACAACCAUUUUUUUCAGAUGAUAAUCCUUAUCCUCAAAAACAGCAACAACAACAACAACAACAGAAUCGUUAUCAGAAUGAUAAUAUGCAAUAUAAACAAAGAUAUUUUCCUAAUAAUUAUCGUACACAAAACUUUAAACAACAACGAUAUACAGGUGGUAAUAAUAGUGGUGGAAAUCGUGAAACAUUUCAAGGUAAUCCAAAUGAUUAUGAUGAUGAUUUUGAUUUUGAAACAAGUAAUCGUAAAUUUCAUAAAUUAACAAGUGACGAUGAAUUUAAACAUCGAAAUGAUAUAACAACAAAUCAAUCUAUACAAUUACAUAUUGAUAACGAUUCAAUAGAUGAACAUCAACCUGUAUAUGAUAAAAGAAAAUCUUUUUUUGAUAAUCUUGCUAGAACAGAACAGUCAGAUGUACCAAUAUCAUAUAAUUCUAAUCGUUCAAAAAAUAAAGAUACAUUUAAUAAUGAUACUUACCAACAUUAUAAUAAUCGAUCGAAUGGUAAUGGUUAUCGACGAUCAAAUAAUAAUUAUCGUCAACAUCAAUAUGGAAAUGAAGAUUUUCAUUAUAAACAACAUGAUAACAACAAAAAUGGAUAUAGUUAUCGAUAUUAA